CUAUGUGUGUGUGUCAUUUAUAUAAUCAUAAUCAUUAUCACAAUUAAACAACUUUUUUUUUUUUUUAUCUCUUUUAUAUGACAUGUAUUGCUUCUACCCGUCUUGUUUGGGCCAAAACUGACAAUUUACAUGAAACAAAGCACGAAGAAUUAACAUUUUAAUAAAUAUAUUGAGCCAUAUGUGAACAUUCCAAAGGGCUUUGCAUUACAACACAGUUAGCCAUUUUCCAGUAACAUAUUGCUGUAUUGCUGGUAAAACAUUGCAACAAGUGAAGUCAUCGCAAAAGGGUGACCAUGAUGGAGUUAUGGUUAAAAAUAAAGCGGUACUGAUGUCGUCGCAUAUAUGUCAUAGUAGCUGUUUACAAACACGUAGUUCAGGGAGGAAUGACGCCAGUCCAUGUAACUCACACUGUGGGCUAAAACGAGCGCGAGCGUCUCAUUGGCGAUGCGUUGUCCACGUCCAGCACGCCCCGUCAGUCACCGCCCUCUCCCAGAGCCGGGCGAUAUUUAAAACACCCCACAGAGCGCGCUCACAUACACAGCACAGACAGAGGAGAGUGUGUCAGCACGAGGACUCUGGGUAAUAUCCGAUAUUUGGGAGUUUUACACACUAAAGGAGUACCCACAGAAGAUGAAGUCUCCAAAGAUAAAGUCACAGAGCAAAUCGUUUCUUGAGGAGGACGACGACCUCAGCGCCGUGUUGUGUGAAUUCGACGCUGUCAUCGAGGACUUCUCGUCCCCCGUGGAGAAGCGACACUUCAGAUAUGAUGAGCACCUGAAGACCGUGAAGAGACGGAGCAGCGCGAGCGUCAGCGACAGCGGCAUCAGCGACUCCGAGAGUGCAGAGUCCUUGAACAGAAACAGUUUCAGCUUCAGUGAUGAGAAGCUCAACUCUCCCAGCGUCUUCUCGACAAACAGUCCCUUGGUCACAUCUCCUAAACCUAAACUCGGAGACACUAAAGAGCUAGAGGACUUCAUUGCCGACCUUGACAGAACAUUAGCAAGCAUGUGAGUGAGAGACGGGAUGACUGGGGCCCAUCACGUUGUAGCUCCGCUGGGGGAUGACAGCCAGACUGCUCCUGACAAACCUGAACUACUGUGAAGAUGGAAAAGACAUGGUCAGGGUUUCACAUGCUGAACGUGUAUACUUACGCCCAUACAAACUCUCAAAUACAAACGCAUAAAAAUACACUUUUGACAGGAAUGGCUGUGCUCUCUGAAAAACUUGAGCUGUAAGAUUAUUUAAAUAGCUUUUUAUUGAAAUAUAUUUUUAAUUUUAUAGAGUUGGUUGUAAAUUUAUCUGCAAUACCGUUUUGUGUAUAUAUAUUUUUGUAUUUCAUGUAAAUAUCGCCUUGCUAUAAGCCUUUUCUGUCACAUAAGAAUGAAUGUAUUCUUAAUUCAUUAGAAAAACUGGAAAAGCAAUAAUAACGUGUAUUUAAUACAACUAAUGUCUUCUAAGAAAUUAAAGGUGACAGAUUUUAA